CUCAAAGCCACCUACCUUUUCCCGCAUAAACUCUCCUAUUCGCUCUCUCUCUCUCUAGAUUCCUCUCUCUCUCUCUCUAGAUUCAGGAUUUGGGCAUCUGUCCGGAGGAACACCGAGCCAUGAGUCCUGCAACUUCUACUGGUGGUUUAACAGGGUAUACGAGGCUAUCCAAAGGGCUGGCUGCUAUCAUAUGCAUUGGAUAUGUUGUUUCACAACUAUUUCCUUGGAUACUUGGCUAUGUCACAUUGAUUCCAGGAAAGACUAUACCAUUUGCAUGGAAUGUUAUUACUGCGGGGUACAUUGAGCAGUCAAUAUUUGGGUUGAUUUUGACCAUAAUUGGUCUUCUACUGGGUGGGAAGCUAUUAGAGCCGAUAUGGGGCACUCGAGAGUUCUUGAAGUUCAUUGUCUUUGUGAACUUCUUCACCUUACUUGGGGUAUUUCUGACUGCAAUUAUUUCUUAUGUCGCAACAAAGAGAGAAACAUAUCUAUACAUGCCUCUAUCUGGAUUUCAUGGAGUUCUAUCGGGAUUCUUGGUCGGAGUAAAACAAAACAUGCCUGACGAGGAGGUUGUGGGUUUUGGUAGAUUCAGUUUGCGUGCUGAGUGGCUACCAUCAAUCCUGGUCUUGAUGACUAUUGUUUUAAGCUUCUUCACAGUAGAAGCAAUGCGGUUCGUUCCAUUUGUGAUUUUUGGAACUUACGGAGGUUGGUUUUACCUACGUUAUUUUCAAAGGAACCCAGAAACCAAUUUAAUUGGUGAUCCAGAUGAUGAAUUUGCUUUUGCCACAUUUUUUCCGGACUUUUUGAGGCCAGUGGUAAAUGUUCUAGCUUUGGGUUUUCACAAAUUGCUAUGUGGAAAGAUUGCAGUAUCUAGAAAAAGUGACAGCCAUGGCUUAGACAGUAUGUCAAUGACUACAUCAAACCCUAUCGAAGCAUCAAGGAGGAGGGAUCGCGGAGCACGUGCUUUAGAUGAGAGGUUGUCACUUGCCAGAGAGAAGGAUAGCAAGGAAGAUUACACCUCAGAUGUUGUCUAAGGGGUUGACUCUUUUUCUAGAGAUCUGUUGAUUACACUGACAUGUACUUUACAUGAUAACUUUCACACAGAGAAAGAGGUGCAGAAGGGUCAAGGCACUCUAUUUGUAUUUGGAAAAACCGGAUGCAUCUUGAUCAUUCUUUCAUGUCACAUGUAAGAAAAAAAAUUUAUUUUCC